CCAGUCCAAAACAUCUAAAUAAGAUCAUCGAAUUAAAAAAUGAGGUUAUGUGACGUAUAAUACAUAAAUGUAUGAAAGUGAAGUGGUAUCAUUCUUCAGAAUCAUACGUAGAAUACCUAUGUAUGAUACGUUUCCAAUUUUGCUCGCGAACAUUGAAUAAGUAAAACGCGCCCUAUGAAUAUCGGCCUUAGGGUGCCGUUCCAUGAACGGAAAUUAACAUCGGAACGGAACAGCUCGACCAAUCACAACUCUGCAAUCAUUAUUCUGCUUUCUUUUCUGCGAUUGUGAUUGGUCUCGCCGUUCCGUUCUGCUGUAAAUCUCUGCUCAUGGGACGGCACCUUUAUAUCCACCUUUCCAUUACUCGGACUGCGCAACCCGUUCAAUUGUUUCCCACGUUCGUGGGCGGUCCGGGUGAGCUGUAAAGCGAUACCACGCGCGGCGCCUUCGCCAGCCGGGCAUGCGGAGGAGCGCGAAAACGGAGCGGCGAAAGCGCGCGCGGCGCCGCGAGAUUUCGCCUCCGUUUCCGUCGUUGUCAUCAUCCUUUUCAUCUUCGUCUUCUUAUAUCACCUGGCGUAUUCUCGUUCGUCACUAUCGUCAGCUGUUCGACGCUUCAGUAGCGGAAUAGAAUCGAUCGGGACAAUUCCGCUAGACCACCAGACCGCCAGACUCUGCCGAUCGACGUGACGCGUGCGACGCUCCGAAAUUCGGCGCGCUGACUGCUGACGUUCCGUUCGUCGAUAAGCACUCUUGCGUGCACUCGCGUGCGCACAUCCGCACGCACAAUCUCAGGCAGGCAGGCACGCACGCACGCACGCACGCACGAACGAACGCACGAACGCACGUCUGCCUGUCUCCCUGCGCCUGCCUGCACUCAGCACUUGUAGUGCUUCGUGAUCGUUCGUCCGUAUGAUCUGGUACGCUCGCUCGCUCGGUGCUCCCGCUCGCGGUCGAGAAUGACAUAUCGCGACGCGCGGGUGACGCGCGACGACCACGCACGCACCGAGAGGAGCGUCGUCGAGCAACGUGAUCGCGACGGUUGAGGAAGAAGAGAACCCGGAGCAUAGGCUCAUCCUCGUCGCACGGAAUCGUCCAGCCAAGACUCCACUCGGACAAUGGCAAUCUCGAGCUGGAUGAUGUGGGGUAGAAGCCUCCGCCGAUCUCGUCGAAGCCGCCAAGACGAGGACAGCUACGUCCAGCUCGAUCUGUCAAGAGGAUUAAAGGAGAACGUCAAGGAGGUCUUAACUAAUCUUUGCCAGCGGCACAAUGUUCCAAGCGUAAAGAAGCUAGCAUAUCUCAAUGCUAUUGUUAAGUUGAUUAGUGAAACUGAUUCCCAAGAUUAUGGAUACUCCCCGGAGGAUCUGUUCUGUUGCUUGCGCGUGGGUCUGGUCCAUGAAGCGACGCAAGUACGCGCCGCCGCGCUACGGGCGGUACGAUACAUGCUCAAGAAGGAACAGGAUGUCAUCGCGAUCAACAGGCUGCAGUAUCCAUAUUUCCUGGCGCGUAGCAUGGACAUUAACCUACGUAACGAAAUGGAGAGGAUACAAGCUCUCCGACUCGUCAGGAGGAUCCUAGUAUUAGCUCCUAAGCAUUUCAGUUCCGUGCUAGCGAGAUCACUGAUUAGUUUAACGAAUGGUGGUAUAGAGGAAAGGGAUCGUGCAUUUAAAGCAUUUCUAGCGGUUCUAUGCGAGUUAGGCGUCCUGAACUCGAAUCUGCUGAUAAGCUGCGGCGGCGUCGGUACUCUGGCCAGAGCUGCGAUGACCGGACAAAGCGCUAUUGCAGUUGAACCCGUCGUCGGAGUACUACUGCGGCUGCUGAACAAUCCCGAUACGCGCGCCAGCGUCUCCCUUCUGUGCUUCGCCGCGCCCUAUUGCGAGCUCCAUUCCUUGAGUAUGGAAAGAACCAAGGAGGAGCGCGAACAGAGAUUCACCGCCAGUAAACUUGCCCUGCUAAGCAUUCUGCGUUCGUAUCCGGGCGUCCUUCACUUUUGCCGGCCGGACAAUAAUUCGGGUCUCAAGGCCAUCGCGGAUAUUCUAUACGUGGACCAAUUGGAGGUGCGUGGCGCUGUUCUAGAACUGCUCUACGAGUUACUGGACUUGCCGUUACCCACUUGGACUGACGAGCCGGACGUUGCGCUGGCCGCAGUGGAUCCCAGUAGAUCGCGGGAUUCGUGGAAGUUGUCGGAGGGUUUUGUUGCCGCCGAGGGAAAAUCUAUAUUGCCAUCUCUGUCGUCACAUUGUCCCAACAUCACGGAGAUACAUUCGGCAUUGUUAGUAUAUGUUCUUCUGGAGUGUGGCUUGCACCGAGCUCUCGCAGAAACCAUCGUCUCCAGCGACACUUUCAUCUCGGUACGCGCGGCGGUACUCCUGGGCGCGUUGCUGCAUCUCGCACAUUCGCUCCUACCAUCCGAGCUUUGCGACCUUACACCGCCGUUGCCGAAUUUGUUGGAACACGCGAGCGUCGGCAAGCAUCAGGCGCUAGCGGCAGUCACCAUUCUUGAACGAAUGCACAUCAUGAUGCGGCGUAGACCGACGCCGGCGAGUCUCUUCCUCGAUCGUAUUCUUCAAGCGGGUACCUGGUUACGUCCGAUUCUGCCACGACGUCAACGACCAUCCGGCAGGCACUGGCUACGAAUCGGCAGGGAGUCACCAAUCACGCCUCUGCUGAAGGACGCGCAAGUGCUCAGUUCGAAAGACGCUCUUGCUUGGAAUUGGCCAGUGGUGCGAGCGAUUCUACGAUCGCGCGAAGACGCGACACGAAUUCUUCAUGAUUCCGAUCACCGGCUGUUCAUGAAACGUCUUGUGCGUUACUUUAAACCAUCAUGGAAUGGCUACAGCAGAGUCGAGCUGGGCACGAGCGCAACGUUAGCGCGCGAGGCGACUCUCGCAGGCUGCGAUCUGUUGAACUGUUUGUUGGAACUGCACGAACCGGAAGGCGCGCGAUUGCUCAACGAGCUGAUUGGGGACAUCGCCGAGCAGAUUGGCAACAUUCGCACUGCCGAAUCUGCGCACGAUUGUCUAUUCUCACCACGUCACAUGUCCACCACGUGUUGCCAGAAAUACUUUCUGUUUCUCGGCCAGUUAAGUCACUCGGCCAAGGGGACGGUGGUUCUUAAGAGCUUCAAUCUGUUGGAGAAGUUGCAAGAUCUCGCGCUGGCUACCAAUCACGACUGCUACGUCAAACUGAUUGUCUCCAGCUUGGAUUAUUCCCGGGAUGGUCCCAACAGGAAAGUAUUAAGCAAGAUCAUCUCUGAGGCAACGUUGUGGAGCACGCGCCUCUACGCUACGCAGUUCCUACGGUUGAUUCUUCGCGCCAGAAUGACGGACGCCGUACGGUGGGCGAUGACGUUGCUGGCGGAUCGAUUGUCGGAUAGCUACACGGCCGUAGCGCUGGCCGCUUUAGAGGCACUACACGAAGCCUGUGACGAGACCGAGUAUCUGGAGGCAUUACUGCAACAGGGUGGACAAUCACGCGACUGGGACAAGUGGCUGCAGCACUUGGGCGACAAGGGUUACCUAUUGAAGAUCCGACUCUAUUCUCUUCAGCAAGGUUUCGCGAGUCUCGCCGCACCGUCCGAGGAGUUGGAGAAGUGGAUUGGACCGGGCGGUUUCGCUGAGCGAUACGUGGGCCUUGUAGAAGGAGAGAUACAUGACGCAUUGACGUAUCGUCAACGCGAUGAGUCUGGAAGCUAUCAGAGAAGGCCCACUAAUGAUGUGGUCAUAAUGCCACGAGACAUCUACGUGCCGCCGCAUUUAAUCGGCCAGCUGGCGCAGCAUGACUUAGGAAUGCAAUUAUUAUUACGCCGCAAUGUGAUACAGCGUUUCGCUCGAGUGUUGCAACGUUUCAAGCUGGAAUUUGGCGGUCGCGACUCAGAGUCCAAUUCACGAUGUACCAGAACGAAUCGUCUCGCUGCCAUGGCGGCGGCAACAACAGUCUCCACUGCUAUCGACGAUGUCUGCAUCAUGUCAGAGGAGUCCGGUACGGACGAAGCCGUCGAGCAAUGCAGCCGCCUCGAGACCAUCCCCGAUUACGAAAUAGUGGAGACUGAACCUCGUGACACGGUGAGCCAACCACGGACGGAAUCACUGCUGGAGAUCCGUCGGAAGACUAGCAUGGACGAUUCCAGACACACCACUCCGGAGCGAAGCUGGAGGCUGGAGACCGAGUCGUCGCGCGACGAUCACUUUGUCGGCCCGAACGGCGGUAUUCUCAAAGUUAAAUCGGCUCUCUGGGCUCUCGGCCACGCGGGCACAUCUGUCGCGGGUGUUGAACACUUAAGUCACCUGAGUAUCAUUGAGAUGAUUACGUCUAUGGCAGAAACGUGUCCGUAUUACUCGGUACGUGCCACUGCGAUGUACGCUCUCAGUCUGAUCGGCACUACACGAGCUGGAGCCGAUACACUGGUAAACUUCAACUGGCCAUGCGUCAGGCAUCGACGCGGUGACAACUGGCCCGUGGUACCGCCCUCGAGUAGAUAUCCUAUGCCAAGCCCAAUCCCCGUGCAGCGACAUCAUCGUAGUCUCAGCGAUGGCAAACCGGAACUACUCGAACCAAUCGUACGCCGCACCAGGAAUCGAUCUGAGAGCGCGGCUACGGAUCUCGAGGCGCGACGAUACUUCCUAUCAGAGAGAGGCGAAACUCCAAGUCCCGUUUCAAGUAUUCAAAGACUAAGCCAACAAGAUGCUGAAGGAUAUGCGCGACUACGUAGUUUACAACGCCAUCGCAGGCCGAGUUAUUCUCAAAGUAGUUUAGAAUCUUUCUUUUUGCAGAUGUAUAGCUUAGACGGCCGUCUUUCGCUACAGAGCCUGUCGGAAUACGAUUCGUCCCGCAGCUGGAUUGCGGAAAAUGCGAUUCUCACACCGACGCCACCUCCUCCGGAGGACGAUAAUGAAAACAUAUUCUACAUGGGUGUCUGUCUGCCGAGGAAGUUGCUUACGAUCUUUCCCGAGCCUCCUCAGCCAUCCCAGCCGACCAUCCUCGAGGAUAGCAUUAGAUCCGAGUUGGAGACAACAGAGAUCGAUGAAGAAUCCAGUUCGGAAUGUGAUGCUGACACCGAACAUUGUCGCACGUGUCUCAUUUGCUAUCACGGCAAGAAUGGCAAGGACACUGGUACUGAACAGGAUAUGAAAUUACGAAGAGAAAUACUUAGACACACCCAACGGCUUGCAAAUCCAGUGUGGUAUCGUCACAGUCGUCAAUCGUUACUUAGACUAAGGCAACAGUAUCCCGAGAAGUUUCAAGAUACCUGCUUGUUUUCGGAUGUAGCUGCUCGCUUAGGUAGCGGUACGUAUAGAAUGCCAGCGCGGCAAUUUCUGCAAGAGCUGUUUCUGGAUUCUCCAUUCGAUGCGCUCUACGUCGAACCAAUCAACAUCUUGAAGAUUCCGAUCGGCACGGAGGAGAAUCCUUUGCAAUCACCUGUUCCUAGCUCCGAGGCUAGCCUUCGGCAGCAAUCUGUAAGUCCUGCGGAGGGCAAGAUUAACGGAAGACUUACUCUGACUGAGAUACAAACGGCGCAACUGGCAUCGGUCGUCGAGGAAAGUUCCUCGGCCGGUGGCGGUGGUGGCGGCGAUAGCGGCAAAAGUGAAUCGUGUAACACGGGACAUCAACGUAAAAAGAAAUCUCUAGAAGUUGUUCGUCCGUCACAAGAACGACGCACCGAUGAGAAGAUCAUAGCCGAGAUCCUG